GGCUUGAAAUAUUUUAUGAUAUUCUUAUGAAAACUUGCCAAAGUAAAUACCUAGUUUAGUAACUACUGAAGAAUCAAGUGAAUAAUCGACUACAUAUAACGAUUUAUGAUAUUGGGUGCGAUCUCGCCGAGCUCUAAAGGUUGCAUAUUAUCAGACCGAAAAAUAUCUGCACAAAAACUGUCAACAUAUGAAACCGUUACAUACGAAUCCACUCUCCUUGUUUGCCUUAAUGAGACACAUGUUUUAUAUUGGGGGAAAUAUUUUGAUACUUUAUCCUUGUAUAUUAUGUGGGACGAAGUUGGAUUAUUGUCCGGACUUUUGUCUCUGCCCUGAAUUCCAUAUCAACUUUUUACCAUGGGAGUUAGGAGCUCUUGACUUUAAUUGUCUAGCAUAAAUGAUCCUUCUUCGAUGUAAUAUUCUUCUCCUUGGAUAUGUUAGGUACGAAUUGUAGCCUACUCAAAUUAAUGCUCAUAAAAUCAAAUGAAAAAAUGUUCGUGCAACACGCACGUAUUUUUGUAUACAUUUCUACUUAGUUUGCUACAAAUUUACGAAUAUUGAUAAACUUGAUACAAAAAAUUAAGGUUCAUGUAUUAUACAUUCUAUACAAUUUACAAAAUAAAAUAUCCGUUGUUAGUUAGAAUCCUAUUGUGAUGAUAGUAUGUCUUCAUGAUUACUUUGUCAACUACGAUCGUGCAAUGGAUUGAAAAUGUUCCAACCAAAUUAACAAUUCUGAUCUGUAGAAUCAUAUUUAUAGAAUAUUAUGGAGUACCGGUCUACACAUGUUUUUGUUAGAAAAGUUAUGAAUCGUUGGUCUAUCUACGUCGGUCUGACGACGUAUGAAGUUAUAUCUACGUAGACAGAGAUCGGUCGCGUGUAUUUAGUAUUUAUACUGGUUUUUGUUACGAUAAGAAUGAAAACACAGAAAGAUAUUUUUGAGAUAACACAUGUGCCUUUUAGAAAAAAUUACCCAUCGAACGACUCGAAUUCCCGAACUGUCGUAUUCAAGACUCAAGUCGGAGUCUGAUCUGAUUAUGAAAUUAGACCAACUGGUGUAGUUUUGUGAAAGAAGAAGAUACAGUUUGAAAGGUGCGUGAAACAUGGAAGUAAAUUUGUUGCAAGGUCAUCAUGUAAUAUUCGUUUGCAUAAUACACUAUCUCACUAACUUAUCAGAAAAAAAUCUAAUGCGCUUUUACGCUUUAUUCUAUAUCAUAUUUUUGUAAUUGCAUAUUAUAACAGAUUGAUUGUAAACACUCUGCGAGUAAUUUGCAACAGCGAAAAUACACAUCCAUUAGCUAAUAUCAUAACAUAUUGUGUGUACACGGUCUUUCAUUGAUAAUCCCCUAUUUACUCUGUUGCAACUUAAUUAUUCGUCUCUUCCUAUCGACAUCCAAAUCGUCUCGAUUAACAGUCGAUCUUUCAUCUCUUCCCUUGUCUCGGUUUGAAGUGUGUAUCAAAAGAAAUAGUAUGCAGAAUUUUGAACAAUUAUGUGAGUCGAUAUGCAUUAUAGAAUCAUUUACAUCACCGAUAUAUCAAAAAGUUAAACAGAACAGAGUUUGCUGUGAACUUUACAAGCGUCCGAUGAUAUUCUACUCUUUGUCGUAGAAAAACGAAAGAGCGUCAGAGAGUGAGAAGGAAGGUGAAGAUUAGAUUUGGUCCCCGGGUCGUGGCAUCGCGGUAACGAACGCGUGUUCCGCUGCCGUAACUUAAGGGAAAACUGAAAUCUAUUUUCGCUGUGAACCACGGGUUGGAGGGCCUAUAGCAGCAGUUUGCUUUAGUUUAGCCAGUCGCGUCGUUCGGUACAGAGUCGCAUCCUGGAAUCCGAGGUUUCGCCUCGAGUUUAUUUUACAAUAAUUUCGCGUCUGUUUCUCAAAAUUUUUAUCAUUUUAUAAAUACGACUAUUAAGUUUUUAAAUCGUUCGCGAACAGGUGUUUCAAUAUUUUAUAUUCCUCAUUUACUGUAUCGUCUUCCAUCCUCACAUAUUUACGUGCGGGUGUUCAUUCCUGUGUCUUUUUUUUUCUAAUACCCCCGUGUUCUUUUGUUCUCCCUUCUGUUGAGACCGUGGAAGGCGGGUUUUCGACCCUGGAGGGUGAUACUAACGAAAAUUCACUACCAAACGGGACGAUGGAAGUGAUGGACUCUCUUAGCCCCGUCAUCUCGACGCCGUCAACGCCGACCGUCGAGAUCAUCGAGGAAAAUGGACCUACCGUCGAAGAAACCUACGAAGUUACGACUACCCGUCGAAAAACAGUUCGCACGAGCUACAAAAUUCAGGAAGUAUGUAUUGUCAACAAUUUUGCUGUUACCCGCGACUUCGAAUACGUCUGCGUCAACAAAAACAACCACCAUGACGACGGCAGCCAAGCUGUACGGCAAAGACCUGAGCGAGUAUGAUGAUGUAGAUGUAGACGAUCUGCUAGCGCAGCUUUCCCCUGAAGAAAUCAAUAUACUUGCCAAGGAAGUAGACCCAGAUGAUAGUUUCAUGCCUCCGUCGCAGCGCUGCAGUUAUGAAUGUGAUAAAGAUCCGACUGGCCCACUGAAUCGCAAGAAGCUGAUCGACCACAUCAACAAACAGGCUUUAGAGACACCGGAUAUCCCAGAGCUGAAGCCAUACGUACCUGGAACUGUUCGUGGGAAAAAAUGGAUUCCGCCACCACAAGAUAAUCAAAAAGAGAAAGAAGCUGAUGAACAGAUUGCGAUAGACCUGGGAGAUGAAUACGAACAAGCCCUUUCAGCUGCGUCGCAGGAAGAAAUUAUUGACCUUGCCGCUAUCCUUGGUUUUCACUCAAUGAUGAAUCAGGAUCAGUAUCAUGCCUCAUUAUUGAAUUCUGGCCAGCCUGUUGGCUUGGGUUGGGAUGGUAUUACGAAGGCAAGCCAACCUAAAGUAUUUCCCAUGGAACCUCCAAAUAAUACAGACGUUGAUGAGACCAUCAAACAAGUUCACGACGAUGAUCACAAAUUGAUUGAUCUGAAUUGGAAUAAUAUUAAAAACAUUUCCGAUGAAAAAUUCAUCCAGUUAUUCGAAGCAUUGGAGAUCAACACACACCUUGAAGCAUUGAGUCUGACAAACGUUGGGCUCACAGACAAGACUGCACUCAGAUUAGCUGACGUCAUUGAAAAAAAUUCAACCCUCAGAGUACUCAAUGUUGAAACAAAUUUCAUCAGCCCAUCUGUGAUAGUGAGGCUCAUCAAGGCACUUCUGAAAACAAAAUCCAUUGAGGAAUUCAGAUGCUCAAACCAGAGGUCACAAGUUUUGGGUAAUAAAAUCGAAAUGGAAAUUACGCAAUUGGUUGAGCAAAACCCAACGCUACUUCGGCUGGGACUUCACCUCGAAUUUAAUGAUGCCAGACACAGAGUAGCUGCUCACCUACAGCGUAACAUUGACAGGAUUCGUCGAGCCGAUCCUCUGGAACGUGCUAAGACUGUAGCAAUUGGAGCAGGUGCUGGGAACUUCUCCGUUCUCCCAGAUGAUGCUCUUAAAAAACGAACAUAGCGCUUGCGUAGCGCAUUGAUACGGCAGUCCCGGGUCGGGGCAGCGACAUCCUAGUGCGAUGAGGCGUUCGCCUAGACCGUUUACGCCGCACAGGAAGGGCUUCUCGUAACUACACAAUAGGCUGGGCCAUGCAUUGAGGGGAAAAAAAAGGAUCUUCGCUUCCAUCGUUCGCUGUGUCAUUUUGUUUUUUGUAUUUGAAACUAAGCAAAAGAGAAAAGAAAAAGAACUAAAUAAUUAAACGAACAAAAAUAACCUAGUCGCAGUUCGACCAUCCUCUGGACGUUGUUUUCAAUCACAACGUAUAACAUCGGAGGUGUAAAGAUAAUCUUCUAUCGAUGAACUUGGCCGAUUAUGGUAUCUGUGCGCAAUAUUCGCUGCAGUUCGAACGAGAUCAAAUGGUUAUAACCGGACAUAUACCGUGAUGAACUUUUGACGAGACGUCGAUAUGGAACGAACUUUGAUCCUUCGUCGUUUCUUGCAACUGACAGUUGGAUUGUGUUGGAGUCUUUCAAACAUCGAGCGACAAGUGCGUUCGUACGAUUGUCAUUGGUACAGUAAUCAAAAAAUAUACGAGACGUCAACGUCACCGAUCCGCCGUACCGCUGGAAUGAACUUUGGAGAAGCCUUAUUUUUUAACUCAAAAACAAGAGAAAAAAAAAAACACGAAACAACGAAAACUGUGAAACUACGAAGAUUUGUAAUUCUCACAAAGAUCCGACGAACGGAUCGCAUUAAAGAACGGACGUUAGUGUACGAGACUCAAGUCUACUCGGGCCUUGAGGAAUAUCAUCUGAAAAAUCGACGCCUUCCUCGUCAAUUAUUUCGGAUUCACUGCUAAAAGAGGGCCUUGUAAUAGAAACGAAACGAAGCGGAACGGUGCCGGCGAGAAAGAAAUCGUAGUCGUUUUUAGAAUUUUUAAACUUUACUCUUUUAUGCAAUCCUACACACGCUACCGAAAAUGGCUCUGAUAAAUCUAGUAUCUGGAUAAUGCAAAACAAGAACGCUGCAGAUGUUCGUCUGUCAGCAAGCUCGUCGUUAUAGUGUUUGUCGAAUUGAGAAGCUUUCCUUAAUCGUGUCGCGGUUUAUAUACCGCUACUUUUAAAAGUAUCGCUUUUUGUAGCUCUAGGAUUAGAACGUUCUUCUUCUUUUUGUGUUCUUUCCUUAUUUUAACAAACCUCGUCGUUAUUCAGCUUAUUUUUGAAAGUUUAUACAAACUUUUUUUUCGUUAUUUUUCUUCCGAAAGCCACGUGUACCAGCUACACUAAAUAAAAGAUUAUACUCGUUAUCAGUGAGGACAUAAGAACGGUUUCUUUUUGUUUCACAGUAUAACAAAAACUUCUGUCCCCGUAAUGGAUUUGUUGGCUUGUAAGAAAAUGAAUUGAGGGGGUGGAUUUUGUGAUCAGAAUGCCGACGAUUCGCGAAUCGCCUACGGUAUGAUGUAUUAAAUAUUAUGUGUGACUUGAGAUAGCUUGUUUCUCUUCUACAAUGGCAUAUUCAAGCGUCGUUUUUGUAAACACUCAAACCCGUACCCGUGUAGUCGAUAAAUUUUUCAAAAACUCAACGUUAUUCAUCCGUGGCUUAGUUAAUUGUGAUGUGCACUAUAAAUGCCGUUUCUUUUUUUUUUUUUUGUUUUUCUCUGUCAAUUUUAUUGUCGAAUUUAUAAGAGAAUAUUCCAAUCUUAGUGUACAACGCACUAGGAUGUUGCCGACUAAUUAAUUAAUGACUCGGUUUUAAAUGAGAAGAAGGAAAUAAUUGUAUAAUGCCGAAAAAAUAAACAAAUUUGUAAUCGUCCUACCCCCAUUUACUAUUACUAUAGAAAAUUACUUUUUAUUUAUAAUUAUUAUAGAAAUAAUGUUCUUAUUGUUACACCAAACUAUGACGUCCAUUACGGAAAUGAUGAAAUUAUUAUAUAUGGGGACGAUGUGACGAGGAUUGUAAUUAUUAUUAAUGACGAUAUUUUAAUGGAUUUGGUAGUGAUAUUUGAUCAUCGUGAUAAAAGCCACUAAUUUAAACAUAAGGAAAAAUAAAACGAAACAAAAUAAUAUAAAUUAAUAACAUACCGAAAAAUUAACAACAAAAACGAAACAAAAAAAACAAUACCAAGUUUAAUGAUAAUUAAUGUUGAGAAAAAUGAACAAAUAUUACACAAAAACUAACCCCCCUCCCCCCGACGUUCCCCUUGACAUAUGCCGAGACGAAAAGAACAUCAUGAUGUAAUAAAUUUAAGUCGAUUAUACAUAUAUAUUAUACAUCUAAAUAUUAUAAUAUAAAUAUUGUAUGGAUAUAAUGAUGAUAAUAUAUUACGACCCUCAUAAUUUCGCUUUUAAGAUACAUUAUAUUAAAUUUUAGGUAACAAUAAAGUCGAUCUUUAAGCGACUCACGGAACCGGAUGGCCGAUGCCUUCUUUUAAAACUGCCUAUAUAAUAACCAUGAUUUCUAAUCGCGUUGGGAAACGUACCACCAGGUCGAUUAAUUCUUCCCCGCAUAAUACCUAUAUUUUAAUUAUAUGGGCUUCGGCUAUUUUACUAUGUUAUUACUAUGUUCAUAAUUGAAAUUAUUAUAAUAAUGAAAAUUAUUAUUAUACUUAUUCAAUAACUAAUCUGAUGAAUAAUUAUUUCGUUUAAUUAUUAUUACUAUCAUUAUUAUUCUAGAAUUGGUACGAAUAUGCGAUCAGUCUGUACAUAAUUAUUGUGUUGAUUGUGUUUUCAAUAAUAUUAAAAACGAAUCAUGUCACUUGGUUUUUUCGAAUCUUUUUUUUGGUUUUUUUUUAUCAUCGUCAUUUCGACGUGAUUUCAAGAACACAGGACGCGAAAUAUUGUAGAUGUACUAGUAUUCGACCAAACUAUAAACGUGGGUCUACGUAGCGACGACACAAAUGUUUUUUAAUUAUCAACCAUAUUGUUGUUGGUAUUAUUAUUAUUAUUAUUAUUAUUAUUAUCAUUAUUUUUAUUAUUAUCAUUAUUAUUAUCAUUAUUAUCAUUAUUAUCAUUAUUACUACCCUUAUGAUUACUGUUACUACCACAAUUUUGCUACCAUACUAACAAAACUACUACACUAUACUACUACUACUACUACUACUACUACUACUACUACUACUACUACUACUACUACAAUGUUAUAAUUAUUCUUAUCAUUGUCGUUAUUAUUACACUGUAAUUUAAUUUACGAUUAUUUAUUGUUGCCGCGUAAACCCUUUGUAUAGCGUAGGUAUGUGACGAAGAGAAACGACGAAAUGAUUAUUGGUUCAAAGAAUAGGAAAGAAAAAGAAAAACUGAAAGAAAGUAUUUCAAAAAUUAUUUGUAAUGUAUGAUGAAAAAGAAGAUAGUGUUAAGUAGGCUCGAAGCAUUAACGGCUAUUAUAAUUAUAAUAAUAAUACUGCAGAUGGCUCAUCUUUUCGUUCAUGAAUAUAUACUGAUAAUAUACCAAUAGGUAAUAUGCAGGAUUAUAAUACAUGUACGCGUUGCGUUAGUUGCUUUAUAAUAGCGCAGGUUCAUAAUAAUUAUUGUAGAAUGUGAAGUUACCUUUGGAAAGCAUUCAUUAAUCCAAUGAUCCAUUCAUCUAUGCACUGAUUCGCCAGCCUCUUGAAAUUAAAUGUUAGCUCGUUCUAAUUCUUGUAUAUGUAUUAUUUCUACGCAAUCACACGAUCAAAGCCUUGCUAGCCUUGUAACACCAAAUUUAAUAAAACUAUAUAAAACGCG